AUGUCUACACCCCGCAAACAUAGCGGAAGCCCGCACAAACGGCAUCAUGAAUCCCCGUACCGAGAUUCGCCUUCUCGACGGCACCGAAAUCAUGACCUCGAAUCGGCCGCUUACACAGACAGUCCACCGCGGACGCCAAGUAAAAAGCCGAAACAAGAGGCUUAUAUGCAACCAUCUUCACCCGUUCGAAAACAUCAUGAUUCGGAACCACCGAACAACCACGGUGGCCCUACAGACAUCAACAGAAAGAAAAGCUUAAUUAGACCGGAACGGAGGAAGAUGGAUCGAGAUCAUCCAAACUACCACUACCGCCAACAUGCACAAAACAUGGAGGUCUACCCAUCAACGACAGGCGUCGAUCCUUUGAUGGAAGAGGCGGACGAGGCGGACACAUUGAUCAAUGAUGAGAAAGGUCACAAUACAGGCGAUGAUGAGCCAUCACCGCGAGGAAGAGAUCGGGACCUGAAGCCAGUGGUCGGCAAUGGAACGAAGAGAACAAGGAGGCUACGACGGAAGGAUGCAAAGACUCUGAGUGAUGAGGACAAGCGAAGACAAAAAGAGUUGGAGGCCAUCACACCACCAAGCUUAUGGAAUAUUUACUGCCGAAUUCUCACCUGGUGGGCUCCAGGUGCCAUACUUGGUUGCUUUGGAAAGCCAGCCAGAGCACAGCAAAGAGCUUGGAGAGAAAAGAUGGGAUUGCUCAGCAUCAUUCUCCUCAUCGGAGCUUUUGUCGGUUUUCUGACCUUUGGCUUCACUCAAGCUGUUUGCGGCACUCAACGAGAGAGACUGAAAGUAAACCACGUUGAUGGCGGAUACAUGAUAUUCCAUGGGAGUGCCUACAGCUUAGACAACUCACAUCACCCAGCUGCACGUGGUAUACUGGAUCAACAGAACGUGCUAUAUGAUCUAGGUCCAGGGCAGAGUUAUGCGGGUAUGGAUGGCAGCUUCAUGUUUCAGAACGUUAAUGGAGCCUGUAAGGAUAUGAUCAAACUCGCACCAGACUCUGAUGUGCCUACGAAUGCGAACGGCGAUCUGGCCUGGUACUUCCCGUGCAACGCUUUCAAACAGGACGGAUCAUCGAAGCCUAAUCUUACCAUUCCAUAUUAUCUUGGGUAUGCUUGCCAUACGACGGUGAAUGGCAGAAAGGCAUUCUACGGGCUGAAAUCUUCCGGUGAUGUCUAUUAUACGUGGGAUGACAUCAAAAAUUCCACCCGCAAUCUUAUGGUCUAUAAUGGCAAUGUCCUGGAUCUUAGUCUGCUGCAAUGGCUCAACAAGACUCAGGUCACGUGGCCACCGAUCUUUGAUAAACUCCAAGAGAAUCCUUCGGUGAGGGGAAUCGACGUUACACAUGCCUUCCUCACGGGUUCAAACCGGCAGCUUGGUCAGUGCCUGUCGGAGAUCAUCAAAGUUGGAUCGAUCGACACUGAAAGUGUGGGCUGCGUCGCCUCCAAGGUCGUGCUGUAUGUCUCUCUUGUUUUCAUAUUGGCCAUUGUCAUGGCCAAAUUCUUGCUGGCUAUAGCAUUUCAGUGGUUUUUUAGUCGUCGGUUCGCAGCGUCGACGGCUUCUAUUACCAAGAACCCGAAGAAAAGGAAUCAACAAAUCGAAGACUGGGCUGAUGACAUCUAUCGAGCACCUCCAAAGUUCACAGAAGCAGGCAUGGCGGCCUCAGACAAAUCAAGUAAGCGCAGCAGCGUCUUCUUGCCUUCCACAUCUCGCUUCACGAGUCCCUAUGCACAAGCCGCGCUUGCCAAAGGCCGACCUGCGCCAACCACUAUGGCAAGUCAAAGCAGCACGGCACGACUGAUCCGGCCUAUGUCAAUGUAUGAGCAACCAGGAGGAAGCGAGUUGACACUUCCUAGCUUUGAUCCUACCAAUCGGCAUAGUGUCAGUGCUAGUCGAUCGAGCUUGAUGAUGUCGGGUCAGGAUAAGAGAUUCUCCAGUGUGCUUGGUGAUCCCGACGCGGGGCCUGCUGGGUUUAUCCACGAAGCUGUGGUGCCUCAACCGCCGCCGGAAUGGGAACCCUUUGGCUACCCUCUCGCGCAUACCAUAUGCUUGGUGACAGCGUACUCGGAAGGCUACGAUGGGUUACGGACUACCCUUGAUUCCAUCGCCAUGACUGAAUACCCUAAUAGCCACAAAGCUAUGUUCGUUGUCUGCGAUGGAAUGAUCAAAGGUGCGGGGGAAGAACUUACAACGCCAGAGAUUGCGUUGAGCAUGAUGAAAGAUCACGCGGUCUUACCGGAUGAGGUCCAAGCAUACUCAUGUGUUGCUGUAGCAAGCGGAUCAAAACGACAUAACAUGGCCAAGGUGUACUCAGGCUUCUAUGACUAUGGCGAAGAAUCACCAAUCCCGCUGAACAAGCGGCAACGAGUGCCGAUGAUGGUGGUUGUCAAAUGCGGAACUCCAGAUGAGGCGUCAAGUCGUAAGCCGGGCAAUCGCGGCAAGCGUGAUAGUCAGAUUAUCUUGAUGUCGUUCUUGCAGAAGGUUAUGUUUGACGAACGAAUGACGGAACUUGAAUACGAGAUGUUCAAUGGGCUCUGGCGCGUAACUGGAAUUUCGCCCGACUUUUACGAAAUUGUUUUAAUGGUAGACGCCGAUACGAAAGUGUUCCCUGACAGCCUCACUCAUAUGGUCUCUGCCAUGAUUAAGGACCCUGAGAUCAUGGGACUAUGCGGUGAAACAAAGAUUGCCAAUAAGAGGGCGAGCUGGGUGUCAAUGAUUCAGGUCUUUGAGUACUUCAUCUCUCACCAUCUCUCCAAGUCCUUCGAAUCUGUCUUCGGCGGUGUGACCUGUUUGCCGGGCUGUUUCUGCAUGUAUCGGAUCAAGGCACCAAAAGGCGGGCAAAACUAUUGGGUGCCUAUCUUAGCCAAUCCAGACGUCGUUGAACGAUACUCGGAAAACGUUGUGGACACGCUCCACAAGAAGAACCUCCUACUUCUUGGCGAAGAUCGAUACCUCUCGACGUUGAUGCUGAAGACAUUUCCGAAACGAAAGCAGGUAUUUGUGCCACAAGGCGUCUGUAAGACUACUGUACCCGAAGAGUUCCGCGUGCUGUUAUCACAACGAAGACGUUGGAUCAACAGCACGGUGCAUAAUCUUAUGGAACUAGUACUGGUCCGUGAUCUUUGCGGCACGUUCUGCUUCAGCAUGCAGUUUGUCGUUUUCAUCGAGUUGGUCGGGACAUUAGUGCUGCCAGCGGCCAUCAGCUUCACCUUCUACCUCGUCAUCAUCUCGAUCGUUCGGAAACCUACCCCUAUCAUCCCCUUGGUCUUACUGGCGCUGAUCCUUGGUCUACCGGCUGUGCUCAUCGUACUCACGGCUCAUCGGUGGUCAUACGUGCUCUGGAUGUUGAUAUACUUGGUCUCUUUACCGAUCUGGAAUUUCGUGCUGCCAGCGUAUGCAUUCUGGAAAUUCGAUGAUUUCAGCUGGGGCGAUACGAGGAAGACUGCAGGGGAAAAGACGAAGAAGGCUGGGAUUGAGUAUGAGGGCGAGUUCGAUAGCAGCAAGAUUACGAUGAAGAGAUGGGGAGAGUUUGAAAAGGGCCCCUAUUCACUGGACGAGAGGGAGUGGGUGUAUGGCGGCACUGGCGGAGCGCGGGGGUUUUGCUGGGCAGGCGUGGGCGAGGACUCGGCCCGGUGGGGCCUUCUGGGCCACUCUCCUGUCCCAGAACACGGACAAGCCAUGGCACAAAACCUAUCUCAAGAGCCUGUGGAACCGGGAAAUGAGGACGGUGGCGUACCGUUACCGAGUCAGUCUGCAGGCCUUGUGUCCAUAGAAAACAUCGACCUUGCUUGGCAAAAUCAUCUAAUGGCCACCGUCGAGGCCGAAUUUCAACAAAUUAUCCAAGAAGCAGUUGAGGAAGAGCAAACGAGCAGUAUGCCUACAUUUGAGACGGAGGGGAUGGAGGUUUGGCAAGAUCAGGAAGAAGGACACAUCCAGAAUUCUAUGGUCCCCUCACAUUCUCACCCGACGGUGCCUGAAUCGCUUCAGCCUUCCAUACAAUUUCCAGACCAUGACUCAAUGCAUUCGGCUCAUCUUCCUUUCUCUGAAGAACAAGCUGGGCAAGAGGCGAUGGGAUGGGCAUCUGACCAUUUCAUCCACAGUGCGACGGUGGGCGAGACUGCGGCUGCACCAUUGACUUGGGCCUCACCAGAAGAUCCUCUACCGUUACAUCCUUUACAACCAAUAAUGAGUAAUCUAUCCGGCGCAGGAGAUGCGACAGCUAUUUUCAACCCACAGCAACAGCUUGAGGAUGAACCACCACCGAUGCCAGUAGGAGACGUGAACUCAGGAGAAACAUUACCCACUGGCCAAUACCUGUUCACGGACCCCCCACCACCCCCUCCACCGCCAGCACUGCCGGAGCUGGGCGACGAGUCUCUUGAAUCCGCUGUUCUCCCAGAUCCUCACUGUGGACUGAUGCCCUCGAUACAAGAUACAUUUGCUUUUUGGCGGAACAUGUGGUCAACACAAGCGCGAGCAUAUCCCUACAUCAGCAGAUUAGCUGAGGAGCAUAUUCCGAGGCAGCGACCAAAUCAUAUAACGCCAGAUAAGAUGGCGAAGGAAGGUCACGACAUGCAAGGAAUACACUGGAAUUGGUACAACACCACCAAAGAGACUGCUCGCGGGGUGCGGCGGAUGGUAUACAAGAACUACGCAAAUGAAGACGCGGAACAUCUUCAAUCGGAAGACCACUGGGGCAGUCCAGCCUAUGGAAUCGACUUCUCCUCCCCGACAGCACCCAAGAUCGCUGACACCGAACGCUUCUUCAAUUUCCGCUCCACCAAUACUAAAAUCAUUCCCAGAUGGUGGCACUACCAGCUCCGGCACAACAUCUUCGCCGCCUCCCAAAAUGCCAUCUACUACCACGUCCGCCCCUUCAGCAUGGCAACCAUGGACACUUUAGCCUCUUCACGAAGAUGGAGUGUGAACUGCUACAACCCGCAAUCAUGCACCACAACCCCUGUAAUGACCCCCGCUUCCCUUGAGGGAGAAGCAGGACAAAGACUCGACGCCAUCUCCACUCUAACCGCAGACUGCGGCGUCCUAGUCGUCGGCACCGUCCCCGGCAUGUACGGCCUCCGCUCCCUCUCCCUCGCCUACAACGCCCCCUCUUCAACAGGGCAAAUCGUGCCCCCCUCGGCCCAGGCGCUGGAAGUCACUGAAAACUCCAUUAACCACGUAUACACGACUUUCAAACGCUCUUCCUCAUCCUCCUUUAACGAUAACUCCGUCCCAGGAUCCGACGUCCUUGCCAUCUUCUCCGCCAACGACUGCACCCUCCGCACCCUCGACUGCGGUACCAACACCUUCCUCGGUGGUUCAGGGUACCAGACCUUCGAUUCCGCCAUCAACUGCGCCUGCUCCUCCCCCGACGCCCGCCUUCGUCUCACCGUUUCCGACGCCAACUCCCCCGUCAUCACGUCCACCGAUACGGGAGAAAUCCUUCAUUCACUCCCUGGCCAUAACGAUCACGGCUUCGCGUGUGCGUGGGCCCCUGAUCACGUCACCCUUGCCACAGCGCACCAGGACGGGCUCGUGCAGAUCUUCGACGCGCGGUAUCUGGAUAAGGCGGUCCAUCGCAUCCCCGCAGAGCAAUCUUGCGUCAGAACGCUGCAGUUUUCCCCCUUAGGUGGUGGAAGGCCAAUACUUGUGGCUGCUGAGCCGGCGGAUUUCGUGCAUGUCAUUGACGCCAAGACUUUCGAUCGUAAGCAGAGUAUUGAGUUCUUUGGGGAUGUGAGCGGUGCGUCGAUGAGUGCGGACGGACAGUCGUUGUUCAUCGGCUGCUCUGAUAAAGGGUUUGGAGGGCUGUUGGAGUUCGAGAGGGAUCAGGGAUGGCAAGCGGGUGGGCGGGCAGGGUUCAGACCGCGGCUGCUAGAAGGAGAUGGGGAUUGUGACGAUGAGGAGGGGGAGGAGAGUGUAGGAAGGCUGAGGAAACAAGAUUUCAGUGCCAUCUUUCCUGGCAGGGAAGAUCUGUGGCGGGAACGUCGCCGGCUGGAAAUCGCCGCUGAGGGGGAUUGGAUGGCGCAGGAGUUGUUGGAGAGGGAUCAGAGAGUUGGGGCUGGGAUGGUAGGGCUCACGAGGGGGAUGGGGACGGGAAGGGGGGUGGUGAAGGGAAGAGAGCUUUGGGCUUGA